UGAAGAAUACUUUUCUUAUUAUUUUCUAUAUAUCUUCAAAAAGAAAAUAAGUUAGCAGAAGAUAUUUAAUCUUAAAUAACCAAGAGCUUUGCUGAACCUGAAUCCUGUAUUCAAUCAUUCAGAAGUCUGGGCCUCUUCUUCAGAUAAAGCAUGGCUAAUGCAGGGGAUGAGACGCUGGAGAUGGCAGCUCUCGGACGACCCUUCCAGCUGGGAAUGCUGUAUGACUGCCGGAAGGAUCGCCUCAUUCCAGGAAUUACUUUGUGGAACCUAGAAGAACUAAAAGGCAGCAUAAAUAAAGAAAACCAGCCGAUAACCGAGUUCAGUGUGAGCACUUCGGAUUCCAUUGAAGAGAAGGCUUCUGCUUUGAAAGUGGACACUUCCCUGAAGGCGAGUCUCCUGGUUGGUUUGGUUAAAGUGGGUGGAGCUGCAAAGUACUUCGACGACAAACAGAAAUCAACAAGACAAUCCCGAAUCACUCUGCGGUACUACACAACGACACGAUUUGAGAAUCUGACCAUGAAUCACCUGGCCAAAGAGAAAGUGUCUCACCCCAGCGUGUUUGAAGACAAGACAGCGACUCACGUGGUCACCGCUGUGCUGUACGGAGCUCAAGCGUAUUUCGUAUUCGACCAGCAGGUAUCUUCAGAGGAGAAGAAACAGGAAAUCCACAGAAAAAUGGAGCUUGCAAUAAGUAAAAUACCUACAAUUAAAAUCAAAGGUCAAGGCUCUACUGACUUGAAGGAAACAGAAAAAGAUGAAGUUGAAAAAUUGGAAUGUACAUUUCAUGGAGAUUUUCAUCUCAAAUCUAACCCAUCAACUUACCAAGAUGCUGUGAAAGCCUACUCAACUCUUCCAGAAUUGCUCGGGGACAAAGGAGAGAACACAGUGCCUGUGAAGGUCUGGCUGUACCCGUUAAUCAAGCUGGAUUCCAGGGCUGCCAAGCUGGAAAGGAACAUAAGUGACUACUUGGUAACAUCUGCGCAAACUGUCUUAGAGCAAUUUAAUACAAUUGAAAUGCAAAGCAACGACAUGAUAAAAGACAUUGUUACCCAAACGUUUCCUGAAGUCAAUGAGAAGAUUAAAAAACUGAAACAAAGUGGCAAUCAGUACAAGCUGAAUUUCAUGAGCAAACUCUCCACUGUGCUGCCUUCCAUCCGCGGAGGUGUGCAAAAGGAAGAGUCACUCAGAAAGAUUUUAAACAAUCACGAAGAGUCCCCUUUUAACUUUAAAGAACAACAUGCUUGGCUGAACAUCAAAAAAAGAGAAAUCAAUACCGUGGGGGGUUGCCUUACUAAUUUAACAGACAUAAAAUCUGUAUCUUCUAUGAAUGAGCUAGACCAGGAAGAAUUAAACAAUGAGACUGAAAAUAUUGUUUGCUUUACCUUCACCUCACUGCACGAGCCAGAACCAUAUCUGGAAGAUCUAAAUAACUACCUUGAAACCCAAGCGAGUAAGAACACUCAAAGUUCAAAUCCUAGUAAAUAUGUCCAUCAAGAGAGCAAGCAAUGGGUGAGCAACGAGACUAAACUGAAGAUAAAAAUGUAUUUGAAGGUAUUCCAGGAGUUAGUGAACAUCAACAGGGAGAAUAAGAAAACAAAAUUCUUCAUAGCUUCUAAGGAAGACCAGGAGUUUCCUGGAGCCUGCAUUCUCCUGCAUGAAAAUGGAGCAUCGAAAUACAUACAUUUCAAGAUCCCAGCAAAACCUGACGUCCCUGAGGUCUGUGAUGUCACCCAUGACAGUGCGACUCUGAAGGUGGUGCCUCCCAGUAGUGAUGCUGAUCAGAAACUAAAAUACCAUCUGGAGUAUAAGUGCAUUAAUCAGAAGGAAUGGGCAAUUCAGUCCAGCACUUAUAAAACAGAGACCCUCACUGUAUCAGGAUUGAAACCGAACACAGAGUAUGAAUUUAGAUACACAGUGGAAGGGAAGUUGGGGUAUUCUGUGAGCAGUGACACAACCAGCAAAGUCAAGACAACAAGACCACCUGCACAAGCCACAGUUUUCGACGAUGAUGGCGAUGACGAUGAUGACGAUGAUGAUGACGAUGACUAUGAUGACGACAACAUCUGCUGGUGUUGUUCUCGGGCUUGUUUUAAUGUGUGAGCGAUACACAAAUACUGAUGCUGCUGCUGUUGGUCUCC